CUCAGAGUCAACUUGAAUCUUCACUCCAGCCCCAGCCCAAAGUUGACCCCGGACUUCGUUUCCAGCUUUGGCGCCAGGCUGAGCCCAACCCCAUCCAUGGCUCCGAUAGGAGUCCCAACCCCACCCCAGCAGGAGAUGCCCCUCGGGGCCAGGACCCAGUCCUAGCAGUACGCUUAACUCCCACUUUACCUCCACCUUCAAUCCCCAGCUCGACAUGCCCCCCACCCAACACCGGUCCCGACCCCACUUCCAACCUCACCUGUACACUCAGAACCAUCCCCAAGCCUCUCUCCACCCUGGGCUCAUCCUCAACCCGAGCCUCAUCUCUUCCUUUGACUCGGGUCCAGACGUCGGCUCCAAGGAGUCCCAGCCUCCCCCUUGUGCCCAGCUCCUGCCUCUGCCUGGCAGCCGGCCCUGCCCGCCUUUCAGCUCCGACGGCCCCAGUCUCGGUCCAGGCAUGUCAGUGCAGUAUGAAAAAUUCCAGCACUUGGAGAGCGAGAAGCAAAGCCAGCGGUCUAGAAAUGGGCUGCGUCCUCCUCUGUGCUUCCUGCACUGGCUCUGCUCUGGCCCCCGGCCUCUCCUGUUCUCCCUGGGCCUCAGCCUCCUCCUGCUGGUCGGCAUCGGUGUGAUCGGCUCCCAGAAUUCCAAGUUUCGGAGGGACCUGGUGACCCUGAGAGCAACUUUCAGCAACUUCACUGCAAACACUGUGGCGGAGGUCCAGGCACUGAAAUCCCAGGGUGGCCAUUUGCAAGAAGUGAUAACAUCUCUGAAAGCCGAGGUGGAAAAUCACAAGCAGGGGUUGCAGGCAGCCCGUAGCUUGAACGACAAGGUGUUUUCCCUGGAGAGCAAGCUGGAGCAGGAGCAGAAGGAGCUCAAAGCAGGUCAUUCCGAUACCCUCCUUCGGGUCCAGCAGUUGGCCAGAGACCUGAGAUCCCUGACGUGCCAGAUGGCCGCUCUCAAGAGCAACGGCUCUCAAAAUACCUGCUGCCCCCCUAACUGGCUGGAGUACGAGGGCAGCUGCUACUGGUUCUCCGGCUCCGGCUCCGGGAAGACCUGGGAGGACGCGGACAGGUACUGCCAGCUGGAGAGCGCCCACCUGGUGGUCAUCAACUCCAGAGAGGAGCAGACUUUUGUGCAGGGCCAUAUCGGCUCAUACACCUGGAUGGGCCUCAGUGACCCUGAAGGAGUCUGGAAAUGGGUGGACGGGACAGACUACGAGACCAACUUCAAGAACUGGAAGCCAGGCCAGCCGGAUGACUGGCAUGGGCAUGGACUGGGUGGGGGCGAGGACUGCGCCCACUUCCACCCCGACGGCAAGUGGAAUGACGAUGCCUGCCAGAGGGCCUACCGCUGGGUGUGCGAGGCCAGCCUGGGCACGGCCAGCUAGCGCGGCGGCAGGUGCUUCCCGCAGAACUGCUCAGCCGCCCGCCGGCGGGGAGCGGGAGAGGGCCUUCCCCUGAGACCCCUCACGAGACCCUGUGGAG